GCGGCGUAACGGUUACCACGAAAAGGUUCAGUGGGCCUCUUGACUGCGCACGGCAUGUGUACAAGAAGGAGGGUUUGUUGGGAUUCUACAAAGGUUCCAAAUUAGUGAUGAUCCGGGAUAUUCCCUCGUACGGCAUAUAUAGCCUAACUUAUCAAUACCUCAGUAAUAAGCUCAAGGAAAAGGGCUGGACAGACUCGCGCGGAAUAGUGGCCGACAUGGUUGGAGGUGGAUGUGCGGGAAGCUUUACAUGGUUUCUUAUCAUGCCUUUCGACGUCGUCAAGAGUCGAUACCAAGCUGACUUGAAGGGCGAGUUCAGGAGCCCUCUCGACUGCGCAUUAAAGAGUUAUCAGAGUGAGGGGUUCAAGAUUUUCUAUAGGGGAGUUCUUGUGACAUGUUUACGGAGUUUACCGGUGGAUGCUACUGCUUUCAUGGUCUACGCACAGACUAUGAGGUAUUUGGAGGGUGCUCGUGAAUGA